UUGAUGAUGUUGUCGGAGAGGAUCAGUCAGACUCUAUUUUUAAUUGUUGACAAUUAACAGUAACACUGCCGUCUCGUCGACGAAUGUUGGAUGUCAUCCACAUGUUCAUUUCGGGGAAUAGCUUACAGUCUAAUUACUUGACAGAUAAUUCAGAACUUUAAAGGCAAAGCCAGAACAAGUUGAGAUGGAUAUGGAUCCGGAGGUGAACGGAGAAUCGAGUGUCGCUGGCAGCAGCAGUGAAAGGCAACGCACCUCCCGGCAGUCUACGGGGGAGUUCGACUACAAUGAACUGCCGGUCGCGCUCAUCGCCACCAAUGUCAGCGAAUGUGUGUUUACAGAUGAGAAAGAAAGGGCCGCCUUCGAAGAAUUGUGUUCUGUCUAUGGAACGAGGGUCGAGUUCCACUAUCUUCCCAGCUUUCGUCGUAUCAGAGUAACGUACAAUUCACCUGAGGAAGCAGUAGGAGCCAGGAUAGCAUUGCAUUCCAAAGAAAUCAGCGGCUCCGUUGUCAAUUUUUAUUUUUCACAGGGACCAAUCAAUUCUACAUUCAGACCAGUAAAAUAUGGAAAAACUGAGUAUUUCUACUGGUCUGACAAGACUGACCUGAUCAGGUUGGACCAUUAG